UGCAAACAAUGCAAGAAACGCUUCACUUCUUCUGGUGGUCUAAAAUAUCACACGCUUACACAUACAGGACUGAAACCAUUCAAGUGCGAGCAAUGUGAGAAAUGCUUUACUCAGUGUUGUAAUCUAAAACGUCACAUGCGUACACAUACAGGCUUGAAGCCAUAUAAGUGCAAACAAUGCGAGAAGUGUUUUACUCAGUCGGGGCAUCUGAAGGAGCACAUGCGUACACAUACAGGAUUGAAGCCAUUCCAGUGCAAACAAUGCAAGAAAUGCUUCACUCACUCUGGUAGUCUAAAAACUUCAAGUUAUCUAAAAGUGCACAUGCGUGUACAUACAGGGGUAAAGCCAUUUCAGUGCAAACAAUGUGACAGAUGCUUCAAUCAGUCUUGUAAUCUAAAACAGCAUAUGCUUACACAUACGGGAUUGAAGCCAUUUCAAUGCAAACAAUGCCAGAAGAUUGAAGCCAUUUCAGUGCAAACAAUGCGUGAAAUGCUUCAAUCAGUCUGGUGGUCUAAAAAUCACAUCCAGUGCAAAGAAUGUGAGAAGAGUUUUGUUUAUUCAAGCGAUCUAGGAGAACAGAUGCACACUCGUAAUAUCCAGUCCAUAAAGAACGCUGAUCAGCUGGAGAAGGGAUCAUUGUUCAUGUUAGAUUUUUUGAAAAGUACUCAAGAGGAUAACAGGAGUGGCAUUGAACAAGUGAGUCAGGGAACAGAGACAUUCAGAAUGUACUUUCUUUCUAAAAAUGAGUUAGCAUUGAAAGGGAAUGAGAAGUUGAGUUAUAAAAUCGAUAAACUGGACCAAAAUGUUGUAAGAA